AUGUCAUUAAAUGAAACAAAUUUAAAAUUACCUGAAGAAUUUACUAGUCUGGAAAGGAUUUGUUUGACUGCAAAUGGAAACUUGCAGAGAAUCUUGAGUUCAUGGUUUAAUAAAACCAUUGAAAUUAAAAUAAUUAAAAGCAUGCUGGUUUCAUCACAUAAAUCAAAUAAUUUAGUUUAUGGAUCAACAAUACUUCGUAAAUAUGAUAGAGAAGUUAAUUUAAUGUGUGAUGGUGUAAUUCUAUGUAAUGCUAAAAGUAAUAUAAUUCUAAAUGAUGAAGAAAUUAUUGAUUUAAUUGAAAAUCAAGGAGUUGGAAUUGGACAAUUAUUCAGGGAAUACACAUUAAAAAUAUCAGGUGUUGAGUGUAAUAUCAAAGAAGUAUUUCCUAAUAAUAUAUUUGAAAAUGACUGGCUAUUAAAUAAUAAUUAUAAAGUAGUUGAAGAUGAACAAGAUAUUAAAAUUUGGAAUUUCAUCUAA